UGACAACAUAAGAGAUGCAUUCCCAUUAUAUAUUGGAGUGCGUUUGGAAAGUCACACGUCAAAUUAUAAAGAAUAUUACCAAUUUUGGAAACAGUCAUAGAUGAUGGUGCCCGCUAUAACUCUCUCUCUCGCUCUGACGAAUCUUGUUGUCGACAAUCUCCUGUCGUGGAUACCAACAUCCCUGGUCGACUGCAGCUCCAGGUGUUUCCACAACACAUCAUGUUCCUCCUUCUUCUACAACCAAGGCGAUGGAACCUGUAACUUGAAUACUGUUGUCUACUCUGUUGUAAGCGACACUCUAACCCCCUCAGACGGCGUGUUGUACUACGAGUGGAAGCAUGAAGACUGUGACGACUCAGCAGGUCGGAAGUUUCAGAGGGCAUCGUGGCUGUGUUUCUAUCUGGUUAAGAGUAAGAAGGACUACAAUCUUGCAAGCAUGUAUUGCCCCCUUCUGACUGCCAACACCCAGAGCAAGGUGGAUCAAGCUCACAUCAUAGCUUCACGCCACGAUGAACGUGUUUGGCUCGGAGGACAUAAGAUCCAUUUCAUGAACUGGAGGUGGAUGAGUGGUGAAACGUUCGGCAAUUUUCUGGCAUGGAGUGACGGGUACCCAGUAAAAGACAAGGACUGCAUGAUCGCGGUGAAAUCAACGCCACAAUGGGCCUCCGAUACAUGCAGCAAGACCAGGUGGUUCAUUUGUGAGGCAUCAAUUCCCCAGGAAACAUCAUAUUGCAACUACUAGAAUCUGAUGAAAGUCAAACCCCUGUGGUUACACGUCAAUCAAUCACCCUGCUAGUUCAACCUGUUCACCACUGUUAACAAAAGUAAACAACUACUUUAAAUGAUUUUUACAUAUCAUAUGAAAGGAAUAUGUGAAUAGCUAUUUUGAAUGUCGUUGAUUUAGAAACGAACACAUAAUUAAUACCAACCCUUUGGAUAUUCGAGGGAGUUUGGGUUGUGCUGGGAAUCGUUUCGAUAAAAAAGCAUUUGUUCCAGAAAAGUGCAGAAAAAAAUCAUUUGGCGUCAGGUUUAAAUAAGUGUUCACUGGACACUUGAGAGGUCUCUGUUUGCUUUCUUCUCAUACCAAAAUGACACGCUACUAUAUAAGUUAAGAACCGUUCGAAGCAGCAUUAAACCCAAGUCAAGUUUGAAACCCGUUCCCAUGGCAUUUAUGAAAACAAUCACCAUAUUAAAAACUUUCAGAACGCAUUCAGGAAUCAGCAAGUCACUGCACCCUAAUUGCUAGAAAAUUACAUGGUCUACAUUUGCAGAGAACUUUUGAUAUUAUUUUUACUUUUUGCUUGUUAAUUGACGUCGAUAAAUGUUUGAACAAUAUUCUGUCAGCAUGUCAAACUUGGAAAGUGACCAAGGGAUGAGCAAUGUCCCAUCCUGUUGGGGCACAAUAUCACGUACUCAGAACAUACUCCUACACACUGACACAGUGUAGUCAACUUUCACGAUCAUCAAAGUGAGAUGUUUGGAUGUUGUUGUAGUUUUGUUUAGUUUUUUAACAUCCACUUAACAAAAUUCGAGCUUGUGAUUGGUAUUAUGAGCAUCGAUUCUCGCAACCGAGGUACAAGGACACGUUAUCAACCAAGUCGCCGAAUCUGACCACCCGAUAUCCAGAAAGUUCUAUGUAACCAAGGGCAUAUAUAGAUUGCUGGGUACAAUUCUAACCGGGAAUCCACACGUGGACGUUGUAAAUGACUCCGAUGACGAACUCCUUCUGUGUUAUGAAUCACACGUUAAAAUCACUACUCUGUUCCAUGUUGAAAACGAGAUGAAAAUACGUUGCAACUGUGCACACUGAUGUAUCAUAAAAAAUGAAACUGUAUUGCUAUUUACAAGUUAUGUUUGCCAGAUAUAUAUAAUCUGGAUAUUUCCUCAAUUUCUUACAAUUAGUGUAUGUGUUUCGUUGGUUUUCUUGCCAGAAAAUAUAUUAA